GACCCUUAACAACAAUGAGCUCACUGGCUCCAUUCCUGCUGAGAUUGGUCACAUGACAAAACUAGUAUUCCUGUCUCUCGCUUUCAACCAGCUGUAUGGGAGCAUACCAAGCACUCUCACCCAGCUGACACAGCUCGCACACUUCGAACUCUCCCACAACUACCUUACCGGCCGCCCACUGAAGCCUCUUGCUGUGCGCACCCUGGAUCUCUCUAGCAACUUCCUCUCAGGCCCUCUGCCCGACGGGUCAUGCCUGCCACUUUCUUUUGAUGCCAACUGCUUUACGCUGCCACUGGGCUGUGUCUUGGUGCCGCAGCGGCAGGAGGCAGCAUGCAAUGCAUUCUGUGGCGUCUCCUCUGCAGCUGGUGGUGCUGCUGCGUGUGGUGGACAUGGGGUGUGCUAUCCACAGGGGCCUAGUUUGGCACCCACAUGUCUGUGCGAUGCGGGAUUUGUGCGCUUUGGAGACAUUGACUGUGUUUCUCAAGGCCAGAACAGGAAUUACUCAAGCAGCCACCCGGUUCUCCCGCCAGCAUCUGUGCUCACCAAGGGGACGCAGCGGGAGACGAGGGGAAACUUCACCACAGCUCCGGUGACUCUGUUUGUGUUCGAGGCAGGGCAGGGGCUGUCGGGGUGUGGGCUGCAGCUCGCCUUCCAUGCCAACUUCACCUUCUCCCUCUUGCCUCAGUCCGGCCGCGUGGGCUUCAACGGCUUUGCAUUUGUUGUCUCGACAACCGACCGAGUGGGGAGAGGCACCGGCGUGGGGUAUGGUGGAAUGGACAAGCGGAGUGUGGCAGUUGAGUUUGACACUCGGCAGGACAAGCAGCAUGGCGACAUGAGCAGCCAGCAUGUGGGGCUGAACGUUCGAGGCGAGGACAAGUCGAUAGCCGCUGUGCAGUCACCAUUCCCUCUAAGCAGCAGGAAGGCAUACACAGCAUGGGUGGACUAUGAGCCUGGGGAUCCCGGUACCAUCCAGGUCUUCCUGGCUGACUCGAAGGAGAAGCCGCGGGAGGCGGUGCUGGAGAGGAGGCUGGCGCUUUGUGAGGUGCUGCAGGCUGGGCCCGAUCAGCACGCCUUCUUCUUUGGCUUCGUAGCCUCCACCACUGUGAAGCCGUUUCAGAAGCACGUCAUUCUUGAAUCUACAGUGGACACAGGCCUUCCUGCUUCUCCCCGAUCACUCACGCGUACACCAGCCUAUGGCCUGCAGCUAUUAACGAACACGUACAUGCCAGCAUGGGCCAGCCCCUUCCUGCGCUACGUGAGUGCGGACUACGUGGCGCCCAGCAAGCAGGACUCGUGGGUCGUCAGCGACUUCCACUCCUGGGACUCCGUGCCGUUUCUUGGCUGGCCCGUCAAGGACCAGAAAGACUGCAAUGCUUGUUGGGCAUUUGCGCUGGUGGCGAGUGUGGAAGCGGCAUACGGCAUUGCAACGAAUGGGGAGGCGCCGCAGCUGUCAGUGGAGUCACUCUUUGCAGCCAUGGGGCUCACCUCCGAGGCUGACAAGUGCAGCACGGGGGGCUCCCCCACCGAGGCAUUGGAAACGCUUCUCACGCUGCCCAAUGGCGGAAUCACAAAGGCUGGCGCGCCUAAUAAGAAGUACCCUGUUCACGCAUUUGAGCGCACUCGGUUCAAGGGGUUUGUGGGCCUCAUGCUGGCAGUUCGACGACAGCCAGUGGUGGUUCACAUAGAGGCUUCUGCUCGAGAGUUCGCGCAAUAUGACGGGACCUUCAAGUACCAAGAUCCUGGCUGCUACACCGGCAGUCUGAACCACGCUGUACUCGUUGUUGGCUACUUCGUCUUCAGAAAUGACGGCAGCCAAAAUCGCAUUGCGCCUCCAUUUUGGAUUAUCCGCAACUCGUGGGGAGUGGAGUGGGGUGACAGGGGCCAUAUGCGCAUGGACAUUCAGGGAGGUGAUGGCGUGUGUGGCAUCAACGUUCUGCCUGGCAUCUACCCCAUUGUCAAGAUUCCCAAGGACCCGUGCGGCCAGAGGAGCUUCAAGGGUGACGGCGACCUGCAGCCCAGCAUGAAUCCGUGUGGGCGGUUCACAUGCCGAGCUAACCUGCGCAGUAACACCAACUCGUGUAACUGCUCGCUUCCGAAUGAAGCCAGGCAGCCAUUUGUUCAAGUUGCAAAUGGAUAUGGCUCUCAAAAAUGUGCCUAUUUGGACGUGUGUGGGUCGGACUUGAAGAACCCCUGCUAUGUGGGCACAUGCAUCAACGACAGCAAGGGCUCCUACUCCUGCAUCUGCCCUCCCAACUACAUCGAAAGCACAACCAUUGACAACUUCCCCACCUGCGACCCAGCCAACACCACGGCCAGCACUCUGGCAGUGAGUGGCAGCAACUGGUGGUGCACUGAUGUCCUCCCUCUUGUGGGCCUCUCACUUGCACAAUUCACGCAGAAUAAUGCGGCCAUUGACUGCAGUCGUCCUUUGCCUCGCAACGUGGUGCUUCAGCUGGGGAAUCCUCUCCUCAUUCCCUGCACCGCAUUCUUCUACACCAUCAGCAGCGACACAUGCUGGUCCAUCAGCACGCAGCUGGGCCUCACCAGCAGCAACCUCACUUCUCUCAAUCCCGGCCUCAACUGCUCAGAGCCCAUCAAGGCGGGUCGCUCUCUGUGCGUUGAGCGCAACGCCACCUUCGCUUUCAAAGUCCCUCGGUGCUCGCGAUACGGCGUGCUCACACCACAGGACACGUGCGAGCGCCUGCUGCGGCAGGUGGAGGGGAGUGAGGGCGACCCCACAGGGACUGCGGAGGUGAAUGCCAUGCGCUGGGCUGAGCUGUACCGCAACAAUCCCGGCCUCAUCUGCUCCGAUGUCAUCCCGACCACCGCCUCUGCUGUUGGAAGCAACACUGGCGUGCAG